GUACUUCGAAAAAUAAUACACCGUCAUACUCGUGAAAUUAGGGCAGGUAGUGCAGCAACGCCGCCCUUUCUCUCGACCCAAGCUCGCUCACAUGGCCUUCUCCUCCACCGUCUUCCUCUCCCUCAAUUACUACCUUCCUCAAAUCCUUUCACCUUUCUCUCAAAUAUACAAACCCCGAUACCGACCCUUCCGCAUCCGCUGCUCUGAACCCAUCGCAACUUCGCCUCAUAUGUCUUCGUCCUUCGACCUCCGAUCCUACUGGACCUCCAUGAUCUCUCACAUCGAAGCCGAUCUCGACGCCGCCAUUCCGAUCGCUUAUCCUGAAAAAAUCUACGAAUCCAUGCGGUACUCCGUCCUCGCCAACGGCGCCAAGCGCGCUUCCCCUAUCAUGUGCAUAGCCACCUGCGAACUCGUCGGCGGCGAUCGAUCCAUCGCUCUCCCCACAGCAUCCGCUCUCGAGAUGGUCCACACUGCUUCUCUUAUACACGACGAUCUCCCUUGCAUGGACGCUGCCCCGCUUCGUCGCGGCCGUCCUUCUAACCACGCGCUCUUUGGCGUCGAUCUCGCUGUCCUUACCGGAGACGCCCUUUUCCCCCUCGCAUUCCGUCACGUCGUCGGCCACACCUCUCCUUCCCUCGUCCCGCCGCAGACGAUUCUCCGCGUCAUCGGGGAGAUUGCCCGUACCGUCGGAUCGACCGGGAUGGCUGCAGGUCAGAUGUUCGAUCUAUUGCCGGCGUACGGCGGGGAGCAGGAAGAUGCGAUGAUUGUACUUGAAAAGAAGUUUGGCGAGAUGGCAGAGUGCUCGGCUGUGUGCGGUGGGUAUCUGGGCGGCGCAGGGGAGGAGGAAGUGGAGAGAUUGAGGAGGUACGGGAGGGCGGUGGGGGUCUUGUAUGAAGUUGUCGAUGACAUUUUGAUGGAGGAGGAGAAGGGGGUGGUUGGCAAUGGGCGAUCUGGGAAGAUGAGGAGCAAUGCGAGCCUGGUUAGGACGCUGGGAAUGGAGAGGGCCAUGGAGAUCGUCGAGGAGCUCAGGGAGAAAGCCAAGAAGGAGCUGAAGGGUUUCGGGGAUAAGUAUGGGGAUAGAGUUCUGCCGCUUUACAGCUUUGUUGAUUAUGCUGUGGAGAGGGGUUUUACGAUUGAGAGCCAGGGAAAAGCGACGGCCGCCGCCGGCGACAGUGCACGCUCUUCUUCCUAACUGACCCUGCAGAUUAGGCAACUCUCCCUUGUUUGUUGGUUGGGAGCGACUUUCUUUAAUAUGCUGGGUAAGAGCUCUUCUUAAUAAUUAAGAGGUCUUGAUAUUUAGUAUAUGAUGUGCGAAUGAAUGGACCUUAAAUAAUCUAAAUCUGCAAAUAAAAAAUAAAAAAAAAACUUUGCAGAUUCAUCGUAUAGAA